CGAUGAUACGAUGCCCUUAUUUCAUUCACUUUUCAGUUUCCACUUCCCCAUAUCCCACACAUGUUAGAUUUGAUCUGGAUACACAGCCGCCGCGUCUCUCCCCAAUAUUCCAUGGCCAAUUCUCAUCUUCAACUGCUUCUAUAUCUCUUUCUUCUCACCAUCAAAAUAUCAUCAUCUGUCCAAACAACCCUCUUCCAUGGUGGGUUUCUUCUUGAUAUCACCAAAGAUGCCCAAACCCUCCAAUACACCACCCAGUUACUCAUCGGUACUCCGCAACUUCCCACCAAGCUCGUUGUUCACCUCUCCGGUCAAUCUCUAUGGCUCAAUUGCGCACAUUCGUCUUCAUCUAGACACUUCGUCCGCCAUGGUUCUCUUCCCUGCUUGAUGGCGAAAUCCGGUGGUCAAACUCCGAUUGUUCCCAGUCCCAGUCCCACCAUCUGUGACGUUCACCAAGAAAACCCCAUCACUGGAUCCACCAAUUUCGGAGAUCUAGCCGAGGAUAUAGUCACCGUUUCCGAUGGUAUGGGUGUUGAUCGGUUCCUUUUCUUAUGUUCGCCGGAGUAUCUACUAAAAACCCUGGCUACCGGUGCUAAAGGUAUGUUAGGCUUCGGAAGAUCAAAAAUUGCGUUUCAAUCUCAGGCUGUCAACAAUUUUGACAUUCCAAGAAAGUUUUCUAUAUGUUUAUCUUCAUCUGAAGGGUUUAUAUUUUCCGGCAUCGGCAUCUCUAAGUCUCUAUCGUACACACCCUUGAUCUCGACCCAUGGUCACGACGGGUACUAUGUGAACGUAAAAUCCAUCAAAAUUAAUGGCAGAAAACUGGUGUUACAACCGAUCAGAGGCGUCGAAAUAAGCACAGUCGUCCCAUACACCACCAUGAAGAGCCCGAUUUAUGGGAUCUUUACAAAAGCUUAUGUUAAGGCUGCUAGUUCAAUGAACAUGACGAUGGUGGCUCCGGUGGCGCCGUUUGGUGUUUGUUUUAGCUCGCAAAGGAAGGUGCCGGAGAUUGAACUGGUGUUGCAGAGUGAAGUGGUUAAGUGGAUGAUUCAAGGGAGGAAUUCGAUGGUACAAGUGAGUGAUUCAGUGAUGUGUUUAGGGUUCGUGGAUGGGGGUUUGAAUAUGAGAGGUUCAGUUUCAAUGGUUUUAGGAGGGUAUCAAUUGGAAGAUCAUAUUUUGGAGUUCAAUUUAGCGACUGGUAUGUUGGGAUUCAGUCCUUCGUUGUUGAGGGAGGGUGAUAGCUGUUCUAACAUGAAAAAUGCGGUGGUUUCAACACCAUUGACAUUGUAACUUGGGUGUUUGAUCGUUUUCCGUUUCAUCGUCGAAUAUAUCACAUGUAGAGACCUAGUUGAGUUGUGUUGUGGUCUCAUAUUUUUGUAGGUUUUGAUCCGUUUCUUUUUUCUAACAUGUAAAUAUGUAAUGAAGAUAUAAUUUUGGUUGUUUUGA